CGGUUGUUUGGCUCUUUCCUUUGGGCUUGCAUUUGUGUUCUGUAAUCAGUUUAAUUGUCAAUCGUUUUCCUGCGAAAAUUUGCAGUUUUUUCUCGGAAAAAUUCAGAGAAAAUGCGAAGGCUGUUGGAGAAAGAUUUUUAUUUUUAUUUUUAAAUUCCUUUUAUCGAUGAUUUUUUUUUCGCGGUGUCUAUGGUAGAACGAUUUGUUUUUAUUUGAUGGGAUGUUGCAGAUAGUCAGAAAUGAUUUUUCGCUCUUAUUUUAUGGUUUUUUUUGUGAUUUUUUUUCUGAGUUAAAAAUGUGAGCAACAUGAGGUAUAUGCAUAAGCGCCAAGUUUGUUCUGAACUGCAAGUUAUUUCUUCUUCUUCUGAUUUAACGGGGCUGUGUGGGUCUGUUAUGGUGAUUACAGUUAGAAGUUUUUGCCUUGCGGAAUUAAUUGGUGAAGGGAAACUGUAUUGUUGAGCUUUUGAAAGAAAAUUGGAAAUUUUGAGAAAAAAAAAAAGAGGGAAAUCAAGAAGGGGGAUUUGUUUGAAAUAGCUUUGCUUCGAGGAAAAUCUUAAGCCUUCAAUUAAACACGGUGAAGAAAACUGAAAAAAGUAGGGCGCAAGGAUGAAGAGCUGCCUUCAGGGUGCGCAAGUUCUACAAAAUUUAUCCUUCUCAGCUAAGGGUUAUAUCUAAAGGAAGAUUUAGGAGAAACAUGGGUUACAUGUGUGAUUUCUGUGGGAGUCAAAGAUCCAUGGUCUACUGUCGAUCUGAUGCUGCUUGCUUAUGUUUGUCUUGUGAUCGGCAUGUCCACUCUGCAAAUGCUCUUUCCAGGCGUCACUCCAGGACCCUUCUGUGUGAAAGGUGCAAUUCCCAACCUGCAUUUGUCAGAUGCGUUGAGGAGAGGACCUCUCUAUGCCAGAAUUGUGAUUGGAUGGGGCAUGGUGUCUCAACUUCGUCUACAACACACAAGAGACAAACUAUUGAUUGUUACUCUGGUUGCCCUUCGGCAGCUGAGUUUUCUUCAGUCUGGUCGUUUGUUUUAGAUAUUCCUACUGUGGAUGAUUCUGCUUGUGAGCGUGGAUUCGGUUUGAUGAGUAUUAGCAAGAACAGUGAUCAGAAUUGCUUGGACACUCCAGAAAUUAAUGGCAGGCAAGACUUAUCUGCAGCAAUUGGAGUGAAUGAUUCAAAAAAGGUGGAUAAAUCAAGUGUUUGGAUGGGCUCAACUUCAAUGCCUCAACCUACGUCUUCACCAGAUAGUGUGGAUCAACCUUCUGGAUCUGCAAAUUUGACUGUGCCCAAGUUAUGCUGUCUUGGAACUAAAGGUCCUGGACUUUGUGAAGAUGAUGGUCUGUAUGAGGACUUCAAUAUGGAUGAAGUUGACUUGAAUUUUGAGAACUACGAGGAACUUUUUGGGGUAGCUCUUAAUCAUUCAAAACAGCUUUUGGAGAAUGGUGGGAUUGAUAGCUUGUUUGGAACGAAGGAUAUGUCUGGUGCUGAUUCCAACUGUCAAGGACCAGUUGUUGCUGAGGGACCCUCAGUUGGACUUGUGAAUGCAGUACAACCAGCAUGCAGCAAUGCAGCUUCUGGUGAUUCCAUGAUGAGCUCUAAAACUGAACCAGUCCUGUGUUUUACGACAAGGCAGGCCCACUCCAGCCUCUCAUUUUCUGGCCUUACUGGGGAGAGUAGUGCUGGAGAUUAUCAGGACUGUGGGGCUUCUUCAAUGCUUCUCAUGGGAGAGCCUCCAUGGUGCCCUCCAUGCACUGAAAGUUCCCUUCCAUCUGCUAACCGGAGUAGUGCUGUUAUGCGUUACAAGGAAAAGAAGAAAACACGCAAAUUUGAGAAGAGAGUGAGGUAUGCCUCUCGCAAGGCACGAGCCGAUGUAAGGAAGCGUGUGAAAGGGCGCUUUGUCAAGGCUGGAGAUGCUUAUGAUUACGAUCCACUGAGCCAAACCAGAAGCUAUUGAGAGUUCAAUUUUCUACCAUUCAUAAAUGUUAUUUUGGGUUGAGAUGAUCCAGUAUUAAUUGGGAGACAGAUAAAACUGAUGUAUCCCUGCACAAUGACAAGCUGUAUAAUUGUACCACAGGGACCUUGAUUGUCAUCUGUAGAAAAAGAAGAAUGUGGAAAGUUCAAUGCUUCCCCAACGAAAUUCAAGACCAGAGAAUCCGAAUCUUCAUGACUGAAGAGAACUGAUGGAUUGUGCCAUCCUCUGAUGGCGCCACAUAUAUUGCUUUUGCUUCAGCAAGCAAUUCUGUCGCUUUACUGGGUGCAAAGUUCGGAUGCUCAGUUUCUUAAUGAAAGGAGUAUACUCCCUGGUCUUCUCAAUGAUGUAAUUAUGCUCGGUGUUCAUUAUGUCUUUAACUAUUUCUCCUUUAUUUCCACCUGCUCUGGUCACCUGCAAGACGCAUCUCGAGCAUGGCAUGAUACAGCUUCCAGGUCAGACAAAAAGCUUGCUGCUGUAAUACUCCAUUCUAUUGCAUGUAAAUUUUAAAGUACGGGACCAUCAUAUAUGCUGGUGAGAAAGCAUGGGCUGGCAACCGGAUAUGGUUGCAAAACCAGACAAGAAGCUUGCAUUUGUAACUCUCUCUCCCGUUACAUGUAUAGCACACAGGAUUAUUAUAUAUGCAGUCAGAAUGGACACUGUAGUAGUUGAAUAUUAAGAUGGUUUUUGUUUUGAUUCGUAUCAUGAUUGGUGAGGAUUUCAUGUCCCCCAAAAAAAAAGCAUAAAGAUCACUGUUGUUUA